AUGGUCGAUGCAUUUGGGGCGCUACCGACUGCAGUGAAAACUGGUGUCAAGUUUGGGGUAUCAAUGCCUUUCACAUACCACGCUUUCAAUGGAUUGAAACAAUUGGUGUGGGAUACGGGUCGUCUAUUGGGAAAGAAACAAAACACAAGAGCGUCAUGGGCUGUUUUGGUUUGUUCUAUGAGUGCCUCCUUGGGACUGGCUUUGUACAACCCCGGAGACGAGGAGGAUGUUCAAUAG